AUGGAUUACACACAUAUCGCAGAGCUCAGUCCAGAGCUGGCCGCGAUCGAAUCGAAGCAGUUCCGAGCGACCGUCACGUUAAUAUGGCCCUACUCGUCGUCGACGCGACAAUUUGCCCUGCUGCUCGCUGAGCCCGACCUCCGGCUACGGCGCAAGAACGGACAAGUCAGAGCGCGCUUCUCUGGCGCCAGCGCGAAGGCCAUUGCGACAGCAGGCGUGGGCAUUGGCGAUGAGGUGGUCCUGAGCCUACGAGGCGCCGACUUUGUCAAGGAAGGCGCCGUCAGCACACCAGGCAAGAAUAUUGAGUGGGAGCUAUCAUAUAAACAGACAGUAGUGAUUCGCGUCUAUCGAAAUGGUAGCGAAACAGCAAAUCUCGAACUCGUCGAUGCCGCGCCCACGCCCGCGCCCGGAUCGCCUGUCCGCCCAGCAGCCCCGACGCCUGCGCGCGAAUUCUCCUCCCCUGCUUUCUUCAAGCGGGCGCGAUUGUCUGACGGACCCUCCUUUCCAGCACCCUACGAUCCCUUGGCGGACGAGACGGAAGACGGCCAUGACCGAAAGCGACCCAGGAAGUCAUACGGGGACUGGAAGGCGUGGACAUACAGCGCGAGAACACCAUCGCCGGAGAAAGAGGAUGUGAACAUGGAAGAAGAACUCGGGUCUCUUGAAGCGUCGCCUAGUCGUGCAGGGCAACUUCCACGCACCCCCGUUUCGCCUCAACGACCGACCGUACCUUUGCACGUCCAAGAAGACGAACAGACAGAGCCCAAUACACCAACGGACGAGGGCGCAGAGGUCAUUGGCGAGUCUUCUACGGGGCCACCAAAGGACGCCGAUUCCCACGAUCUCUACACUGGGCCCGACGAACACCCACCAUCGGAUGCACAAUAUGCUUUUGGAGGCGAUACCGAGAUUGACACUGAAGUUAAUACCGAGGAAGAAGGCAACACGCGCGACGAGCUUAAUGCUACCAGCGCUAGCACCACCGAGGCGGAUGUCGAAGAACAAGAAGACAGACCACUUGAGCGCGUCCAAGAACCAGUGGCUGACAUAGAGGCAGUCACAGGAAAGGAUAAGAUGAUUUCGACUCAUGAAGCAAGCUCCUCAGAAGUCGUAGAAUCACAUGAGGAAACCGAACCUGUGCCCGCCGCUGGGGCUGACAACCACACCAACAACGAGCUUACAAUUGCUAUGCCUCCUCCCGCCUUCCCAGCAGUCGCCGCAGGCUUGUUGACGCCGAUCGGUCGAGAGCCUGCAAGUCCAACGCUUGCGCCACAAGACGCCUCCAAUCUUCCAUUACCGUCACCGUUUCCAGGCGAGCAUGAUGCUGAUGCUGCGUCUUACUUCGGCAUUGCUACUACUAUCGAACAGCCGGUCGAAGCCGAUGCUACGGGAGACAAGGAAGAAGAUCCACCAAGUGAAGCGAGCUACAUCGGCGAGACGUCCUUCUUCAGCUCAAUAGGCUCAUCGAGAGCUUCGGUGUUCCACCCGAACCACGAGUCGGCCUUCACACCUGUACGAUUCACAUUCGGCAUGGACGGUGCUGGCUAUUCUCGCCCCAUGGAGCUAUCGUCGCCUCCGCCAGAAGCUCAACCAGUCGAGGAGAAAGCUGAGAACAUCGACGUUUCAACCUCAUCCGCCCCUCACGAACACGACGAUGGCGAUUCGGAAGCAGAAGACAUAUCUCAGUCACGCCUGAGCACUGCCCAGAGCGAUGAUACAGAUGAAGCCGUUGAAGAUUUGACUACUGCAAAUCCAGAGAUGGUUGAAGACGAAUCGGCCGAGCCAGAAGUCGUAGAACUCUCCUCGGAGGACGAAGAAGAAGCCUUGAGUGAGAUCGAACCGGAAUCCAUGGCAGUCGAAUCUGUGAUGCAGCCCAACACUGCUCAACCGCCUGAAGAAGACUCCAAUGUCUCGGAUGACGUGCAAUCUGUGACCGGAAGCCUAGAAGACACCCGUGGCCAAGCACUGGAUACAGGCACACAACAUUCCACAGCUACGUCAGCUAUCGUCGACUUAGGCUCCCCUUCAGAUGAUAACAGCGAGAUCGACACCAGACAUGAAGAGCAGCAGCCUAGCUCUAGCCGAAGACAGUCUCCUUCUCAGGACCAGCCCUCUGCCAUGGAUCUUGGUAAUCAUAGUGAGUUUGUAAACCUGGAUUUUGCGACCGCGGACGCACAUGCUCUUGAUAUAUCAGAGGAGCGAACAAUUACUCACACUAAAUCCCAGGGACUGGAGCCUGACGUUGUACCACACCCUACGGAGGAACCGUUUUCACCUGUCGGUGAUCUGCCAGAAUCGAGUUUGGAGGCUACUGACGACUACUUGCAAGACGCAUUUCCGAUGGAACACGCAUCAUUCGGGCAGGAACAUGAGCAGAUAGCUGCCUUUGAAGAUGACCGUCAAUCUGAUGUCCACAUGGAAACAAUAGAAGAGGCCGCCGUAUUCCAGGCAGACGAUAUCAAUGACCAAUUAGCGCCUGUCGAUACCACCCAGACAGCUAAUGAGCCUGUGAGCCAACAUUCUGACAUCGGACCUGAGGAUGCCCACAAGAUCGAAAGCACGAGUGUUGUGCUUGAGCCGCCUGCAAAAAAUACCAGGUCAAAAGCAAAGGCACCAGCGCCCCUGGAGAAAGAAGAUGCUGCUGUCCCUGAAGCCAACAAACGAUCCACAAGAUCUGUGACUUCUCGUGCCCGUUCAGCCGUUUCACCACCCUCCACACAGACUUCUCCUUAUAGUCUUCGUUCACAGUCGAGAUUCUCGCCAAUGGAAAGCUUGUCAACCGGUGCUAGCAUCGCUCGUCAGAGAGGCUCGCGCAGACAUGCUUCGCAAAGAAGUGUAGACUCUAUACCCGAUAUUGAAGUAUCCCAAACUCAGGAGUAUGACCGAAUCGUUUCCAGCUUCCAGCCGUCGCAGGAGUUGGGUGCCUCGCAAGGCAGAUAUUCUGAUGUCGCUUUCAUCAAAGACUCUGAAGAAGAGAGCCCACGCUCUGAGUAUUCGAUAUCUACUGUGCAUCCCUCAGACAUGGAGUAUAUGCAUCACAGCGACCCUGUCGACCGUGCCAAUGCUUUUGAUGAUGAGAAUGAUGAAGGCUUGAAACCGCCGCCAGCAACUGCGCCAGAGUUAGGGCCUUCAAAGCAGAAGGUCAGAGGGAAGAAGAACGCGCAGCAAAGCGUGGAGAUGAGGAGUAGUAGUCCUGCUCAACCCGAAUCUCCGCACGUUACACAGCCAUUGGUCAGCAGCCCAGGUACGCAACGACAUGUAGCGCAAUCAAAGGACACGAUAACUCCCAGCCCACGUAACGUACGAAGAACGAGGAGAAAAGUAUACGAUCUUCCAGGCGGAGGUAGCCAAGACGUCGGUGAUAUUGACGCGCUCAUGCGCAGCUCACCACCCGUUUCACCUAGAAUCGACCAACGGACGAGACAACAGAGCAAAAGGCCUAUCACCCCUGCUGCAAGCCAGCAGACUGCCAUGGAGUCGCAGCCCAGCAUCAACGCCCAACAUGAACAAAACACCCUUUUGACGCCUCAGCUUACGCAAACAACAUCUGCAGGUCUGCGCUCCGUCCAAGCCGAGGCCGAAGUCGACAUGGAAGUCUUGACCGCAUCACCAGAGCCCAAAACAACACCGCGCCGCAAACACAGAUCGGUCGACGCAGCAACUAUCCCCGCAUCUCCAACCUUGAUUGACCCAUCGUCCGACGACGCCAACGCUGAGACGCCCGAGCCACCCUCUGUCGGCCUUUCCACUCCGCUAGCUUAUUAUACUCCUCUAAAGGACCUCGUCUACUUCCUCAACCGCUCCUCCGACUUCCACUCGGCUACCAAACCCGACAUACUUGCCCUGGUCACCUCUCCAACCACUCCAAGCGAGAAAGCCAAGAAGGGACCAAAACACUGGUUCACCAGUCUGCAGAUAACGGAUGCUAGCUCCUGGCCCGAGACGAUAACGGUACAGAUCUUCCGCGCUUAUCAGAAUGCACUUCCAGAGGCGCAGGUUGGCGAUGUGGUCUUACUCCGCGCGUUCGCUGUCAAGUCGUUGAACCGGCAUCCCAUGCUUAUAAGCACAGACGAGAGUGCGUGGUGUGUAUGGCGCUGGGGUAAACCUGUCUGGGGAGCGAAGAGAGGUGCGUUUGGUGAAUUGAGAGCAAGAGAGGAGAUCAAAGGACCGGCUGUUGAGAAGGGUGCUGGGGAAUGGCGCGAAGUGGAGAAGUUGAGGGGUUGGUUCACCGCGAAGAUAGGCACUGAACUGGCGGAGAAAGAGGUGGCGAGGGUUCGGACGAGGAGUAAAGACAAGGGAAAAGAGCCGGCAGGUGAAGAUGCAUGA